AUGACAAAGGAAAUCGUCUAUGACCGGGAUGCCUAUGCACCAUCCGUUGUAGACCCGGCGAAAAAGCAGGCCGUGCAUAUUAAGACGAAAGCGAAUGAUCUUGCGGGAUGGAAGCCCGUAAGCCUCAAUGACAGCAUAUGUGUGGGCCUUAUUGACCUCAGUAUCGCACGUACGUACAGUAUUCGAGAACUGCACAGGCAAGGAUUCCGCUGACCGUCAGAGCGCCUCUUAUUGGAUCCCCUUCUAACAACCUUGCCGAAUGGUUAUACAUAAAAUUAAAGCAACUCAAUUAUGGAUUGCAAUGUGGCAUCACUAAUUCACAGAGUACCGUACAUAUUAUUGAAACCCUUGAAGUAAGUUCUGAAAAAUAUAUCCUAUCGUGAGUUCUUGUUGCCCUGUUUUUUUCAAUUCUGCAUGACCUGACAAUUGACGGCGUAGCGUAAUGUCUAAAGGAAUAUCCCAUUGGCAUUCCAAAACAGCAUUUUCUAGACAUUUUUCAGCGAGAACGCACUAUUCACAUCACGCACAUGUUUAUGUGUAAUGAUUAAACGGUACUCCCUUUUGUGUUAUGGGACUCACUUGUCCUGUUGUACCUUGGGGCUCUCAAGUAGAGUCCCAAGAGCAGCCACAAAGCGGCGCAUACAAUAGGCAGAAUAACAUUACCAACAAUGAUAGGAGAGACUGAAAUGUUCAUUUCUGGUUAUUGGCUGUCGUCAGUCAGUCAUACGCAUCCCCAAAGCGUGGAACAACUGUGCUCGAUCCCGCGACCUGUUGGUUAUUACUCCAACACCCAGAAAUUCUGAGUCACGGGGUCGUUCUUUCAUCGGUGGCGGUCGGAUAUAUACAAUAGUAGAAGUGCACUCACCGGUCUCCAUUAUCUUUUUCUGUAAUGCUAUUCUACCCAUCAUCAGAUAUAAGAAAGCAGAAACAGGUGGUUGCUGCACAAGGGGCUGCGGUAUUUAUAGGAUGCAGUAGCCAAUGUACCUCAUACCUAUGAACAUUCACAGCUCCCCCCUUCAUCAGGGAUCCUCACACUUGGUGUGAUCAAUGCUUGAUGGCCGACAUUCGAGUCGAUAAUUGCUGCAAUUUCAUCACGUGCGUUGGAUGUUGGCGUGAUGAUUGCCCGACCAUCUGACGCACAGACCCCGAUGUUGGACCUGAGUUCUCCAAGGCCAAUAACAAGGUGCAAUAACAGUGACCGACAGACGCAUGACGAGACCCCAAGAUACGGCUUUGGCCCGAUUCUAUGGCCUCCCUGAGGUGCACAAAGACGGCGCUCCUCUCCGACCCAUCGUGUCGCACAAAGGGCUCCAACGUACGGACUCGCUAAGUGGCUGUUCCGGCGUCUCAAUUUCCUGUCCGCUGAGACAGACACCACGGUCUCUUCGUCAGCACAAUUCCUGGAGAAACUCAAAGGGGUAUGCAUCCAUUCAAAUGAGAUCAUGGUAUCUUUUGAUGUUACAUCCCUUUUUAUUUCUAUUCCCCAGGACCUGGCGAUCGAGACAAUCGAGCUGCUACUACAAUGCAAUGACGAUGAAACGGAGAACCGUCCUGGACACGCCCACAUCCUUCAGCUCCUGAAGCUGUCUCUCAGGACGUACUUCAAGUUCAACGGGACAAUCUACGAACAGGUGAAGGGCACAACAAUGGAUUCGCCGAUUUCGGGAUUCAUCGCCGAGGUGGUCCUGCAACGGUUAGAAUCGCUGGUCUUCCAACACCACAGACCGAAAUUCUGGACCAGGUAUGUGGAUGAUACCUUCGCCGUCAUCGAACAGGAUCAGGUGUUGACAUUCCAAGAACAUCUGAACGCCGUCUUCCAGGACAUUCAAUUUACGACGGAGGAGGAAGAGAACAACCAGCUGGCCUUCCUGGAUGUCCUCGUAUGCCGCAAAGAUUGUGGUGAACUAAAAAGCAAAGUGUUCAGGAAAGCGACAAAUACGAUGCAAGUACUAAACUUCUACAGUAACCACCCAAUCAACCACAAACGCAGUUGUGUAAGGACGCCCUAUCGGCGUGUCGAAACGCACUGCAAAGAGCCGGAAGACAAAAUUGCCGAACUACAAUACCUCCGACGGGUCUUCAAAGCCAACGGCUACCCGCGCAACUUCGUCCACCGGUGCAUACGCAAAAGGGACAAAAGGUCUAACCGCACGGACACCAAAUCUUGGCGGGCACUUUCGUAUGCCAAGAACGUUUUGGAAGCUGUCAGCCGCCUUCUUGCACCACUUCGGGUUGGAGUGGCACACAGACCGGAGGCAAUCAUCAGGCGUCUGGUCAUGAAACCGAAAGACCCUAUGCCACGGCUAGAAAGGUCUGGAGUCGUUUAUCGGAUCUGGUGCAGUUGCGGACAAAGCAACUUCGUCGGAGAAACCGGAAGACAGCUCCGAACGAGAAUGGCCGAACACGCUGUAGCGGUGCGGAGAAAUGACGCCAGCUGUGAAGUUGCGGCUCAUUCGACGAGAUCCGGCCACACAGUUAAAUUCGAUGAGGCCGAAAUUCUUGCAAGAGGUGACAACUGCGUGAGCCUGGAGCUACUGUAA